UGGAAUUCCACUAAACCAGGAUAAGAGAGAGAGGUGGCAGAAAACUGAGGCACAGGCAGCAAGAUCUUCUUCCAUUAUUUGGAAGCGCUCUACACAGUUGUUUGCUCAAGAAAACUGUGAAAGAACAAAAGAAAAAGGAACAAAGAUCCAGUAUCUUUCCACUCUUCCUUCUGAAAUUCUUCCCUUUGACUCUGACCCUUGACCUUUAGCACUCAGUAUGAGUGGUGUGGUAGGAAAGCUGGACCCUCGCAGGAUACAAUGGGGCUCGGCAUGGAACACCUUCACAUCUCGUGUCCUGAGGACCAAACCUGUGGAAUCCAUGUUGGAUUCAGCCAUGUCAGGCACCGGCUCCCACGGGACCAGACUGGCCCGGGUCUUAUCUACAGUGGACCUGGUGUCGCUCGGUGUGGGCAGCUGUGUUGGGACGGGGAUGUAUGUGGUAUCAGGGCUGGUUGCCAAGGAGAUGGCCGGUCCGGGGGUCAUUGUGUCAUUCAUUAUUGCCGCUGUGGCCUCCAUACUGUCAGGAGUGUGUUAUGCAGAGUUCGGCGUGCGUGUGCCUAAGACCACAGGUUCGGCCUACACAUACAGCUACGUGACUGUGGGCGAGUGCGUGGCGUUUUUCAUCGGCUGGAACUUAAUUCUGGAGUAUCUGAUUGGCACGGCGGCGGGGGCCUCGGCUCUCAGCAGCAUGGCGGACUCGCUGGCCAAUCACAGCAUCAGCAACUUUAUGAUUUCACACAUUGGGACGCUCAAUGGCUUAGGUAAAGGGGAGCAGUCGUACCCAGACCUGCUGGCGCUGCUGAUAGCACUGCUGGUGACGGUGAUAGUGGCUUUGGGAGUGAAGAACUCUGUGGGCUUCAACAAUGUGCUGAACGUCAUCAACCUCAUAGUGUGGGUGUUCAUGAUGAUCGCCGGGCUGUUCUUUGUUAACGGAGAGAACUGGGACGAAGGGAGAUUCUUGCCCUUUGGCUGGUCGGGGGUGAUGCAGGGAGCAGCCACGUGUUUCUAUGCCUUCAUCGGUUUUGACAUCAUAGCUACGACAGGAGAGGAGGCCAAGAGUCCCAACACGUCCAUCCCCUACGCCAUCACUGCCUCACUCAUCACCUGCCUCACUGCCUACGUCUCUGUUUCUGUGAUCCUGACUCUGAUGGUUCCCUACAAUGAGAUUGACGCAGACGCCCCGCUCAUGGAGAUGUUUGCCAUGCAUGGCUGUAUGUUUGCGAAGUACAUCGUGGCAGUUGGCUCCAUAGCCGGACUCACUGUCUCCUUGCUGGGGUCCCUGUUCCCCAUGCCUAGGGUCAUCUAUGCCAUGGCAGGGGAUGGCCUGCUUUUUAAGUUCCUGGCAAAUGUGUCUUCCUACACAGAGACCCCUGCUGUUGCCUGCGUGGUGUCGGGCUUUCUGGCAGCCCUGCUGUCCCUCCUGGUCAGCCUCAGAGACCUCAUAGAGAUGAUGUCCAUAGGAACCCUGCUGGCCUAUACCCUGGUGAGUCUAUGUGUUCUCCUGUUACGUUACCAACCUGAGGGCGACAUCCACGGAUUCGUCAACUUCCUCUCUGAAGAGCAGAACAACAAGAGGAAGGAAGGCGUCUUGGCUGAGUGCGAGAAAGACGCCUGUUCGCCAACCAGCGAGGCCGAUGAGUAUGGAGGUCCGCCCACGAACACCUGCGGAGCCAAAAAUCUGCCAUCAUUGGGUGACAAUGAGAUGCUGAUAGGCAAACCAGAUAAAAACGCCUACACUGCCAGUCACCCAAACUAUGGCACGGUGGAUAUGACCACUGGCAUUGAAGCAGAGGAGUCAGAGGGCGGAAUGUCCCGGCGGUUGAAGAAGCUGAUUGGACCACGCUAUUACACCUUGAGGAUCCGACUGGGCCUCCCAGGAAAGAUGGACAGGCCGACUCCAGCCACGGGGAAGACUGUCACUGUGUGUGUGCUGCUGCUCUUCAUCUUCAUCUUUGCUUUUUGCUCCUUCAUCAUUUUUGGAUCAAGCUGUAUCGGGGAGGGUCGCUGGUGGGCUUUGCUGCUAUUAAUCCUCCUCAUCAUCAUCAUCGCCCUGCUCAUCAUCAUCAUCCUCCAGCAACCUGAGAACCCCAAGCGGCUGCCCUAUAUGGCGCCCUGUGUGCCCUUUGUACCUGCUUCAGCCAUGCUGGUCAACAUUUACCUCAUGCUUAAACUGUCUGCCAUCACCUGGAUACGCUUUUCAAUCUGGUGCCUCGUGGGUGUGCUCAUCUACUUUGGCUACGGCAUGUGGAAUAGUACACUGGAGAUCACGGCCAGAGAGAACGAGGUGCACGCCUCCACUUACCAGCGCUAUGAUCAGGGUGUGGAUGAAGGCUUCUGUGGCUUCGAUGAUGAUUUCUACCCACCCACCACUGACAGCUGGGGUGCGCCUGAGGGGGGAUCGGGGCUCACUCCGCCCCCUCAGGCAAAACCAGAAAGUGAAGGGAUCUCAUCCAAAGGUGGUGGCAGGACCGUUGCCAAUCACGGCCUCGCUGAGGAGGAUCCAAUGGAUUUCUGA